AUGAGCGAGCGAGGAAGAAGAGCAGAAGGAGAGGAGGAAAAUGCCCGCCAUCAGGGUGCCCGCCUCACCAUCAAGGUCCCCCUCCUCUUGAACAUCUUCCCAGUCUUCUCUCUCCCUCUUCUCUGCGCUCUUCUUCGUCCCGGCGCUAUAGGUGUCUGCAUUCAUGACGUCGUCAUCGUUGGUGGCGGACCAUGUGGCCUGGCUGUUGUAUCACGCUUGUCUGAGCGUAUACCGGCAGCUAACUUCUCCGACGAUGAGCACCAGAGAUACCACUGGAUCCGAAGGCAUCGGGACCAAGCCGGAAUCAAGCACUAUAAGACGGGCGCCGAGGCUUGUCGGAAACAAUGCACCUCCUCCGCAGUCGGCCCGGAACUUGACCUUCUGGUCCUAGAUGCCACUGGCGAUCGUUGGAUGGCACGGUGGGACUACCUAUUCAAGACUUUCGACAUCUCCCAUCUCCGAAGCCCUAUGUUCUUCCACGUCGAUCCCGCGGAACGGGAUGGCCUGCUUGCCUAUACCUACCGAAACCAGAGGAGCAACGAAUUAACCGAGCUCAGAGGGUGCGUCGGCAAGGAAUUAAGCAAGCACCAGAGAAAGAAGAGGAAGAGACCCGGGAGGCAGCCGAGGACGGAGCCUACCGUGGACGAACGCGACCGGAACGACUACCUCGCCCCCUCGACGCCGCUCUUUUCUGCACACUGCGGUUGUCUCAUAGACCGCUACAACCUGCGUCAAGGUGUCGUCCGCCAGGAGAAAGUAGACGACAUUCGUUACGGUUAUCUCGACCCCGCCUCCGAGACUGACAAGGUAUUUACCGUCCAGACCGACAAGGACACUCAUUACGCGAGAGUUGUGGUCUUGGCCGUAGGUGGCAACCCGCCUCAAAUCCCGGACAUGCCGACAGAGGGGACGGACGCCGUAACCCACGCCAUGCAAAUCAAGGAGAUACCAUCUCCACGGGUCCGAGCAAAGCUUGCCGCGAGGCUGCCGGCCAACAUCGUCAUCGUCGGGGGCGGGCUGACUUCGGCCCAGCUAGCCGACUUGGCCAUCCGCCGAGGGGUGACCAACGUGUGGCUCCUCAUGCGCGGAUCUCUAAAAGUGAAGCCUUUCGACGUAGGACUCGAGUGGGUGGGCAAGUUCCGCAAUUUUGAACAGGCCGCCUUCUGGUCGGCGGAUUCGGUCGAAGAGCGCUGGGAGAAGAUUAUGUCCGCGCGAAACGGUGGCAGCGUCACCCCGCAAUAUAAGAAAAUUCUUGAGUGGUACCGCUGGGAUCCCGUAUCUAUGACCUGGGAAGUGUUGCUACCCGGUGAGAACCAGACGCUACCUCGGAUAGACCACAUCUACUUCGCAACCGGUGUGCAGAGCAACUUCGAACGUCUCCCGUUCUUGCGUUCGAUUUACUCGGAAUACCCUAUCAACAGCUGCGGGGGUCUGCCUUGCAUCACAGAUAAUAUGGCUUGGCGAGACGACGCACCGCUGUUCAUCGCGGGCAGGCUCGCUGCGCUACAGCUCGGCCCUGGGGCGCCAAACCUGAUCGGGGCUCGGAUCGGAGCAGAGGGGAUCGCGUGGUCCGUCCAGGAUGUGCUAGGAGCAAGAGACUCGGGGGACUAUACCGAUACAAAGAAUCGCGAGUUCGACUACCUCACAGCCAGGGGUAGUCGAUACGAUGCUUUGGCUGAGGCUGAAUAG